AUGAGGAACAAGAAUUCUAUGUACUUGCAUGGCCACAGUCACUAUGAACAGGAUCGUAGUGCACUUAAAAAAAGGGAAUGGGAACGAAGAAAUCAAGAAGUUCAACAAGAAGAUGAUCUCUUUUCUUCAGGCUUUGAUCUCUUUGGGGAGCCCUACAAGACAAACAAAGGGGACGCCCUUGCUAACCGAGUCCAGAACACUCUUGGAAGCUAUGAUGAAAUGAAGGAUCUACUAACUAACCAUUCCAGUCAGAAUCAUCUGGUGGGCAUCCCGAAGAAUUCUGUGUCCCAAACUCCUAUCAGCAAAAGUGAAGCAAGCUUUUAUCCAGAACAAAAGAAUCAAAUGAUCCCAUCUCACCAGGAGAAUACUCACUCCUUAGCACCAAUGCCUUCACCUUCAGUCGUGAUACUGAAUUCCACACUAAUACACAGCAACAGAAAAUCGAAACCUGAGUGGCCACGAGACAGUCACAACACUAGCCCUGGACAACCAAGCCAGGCCAGUAGUCAGUCAAACAAGAUGAAGUCAUCCACACAAGAUCCACCUCAAACCCGACUAGAAGACUUCUUUGUCUACCCAGCUGAGCAACCCCAAAGCAGUACAGUUGAAAAAUCGAAUUCAUCUGCAAAGGAAGAUAAUAACACCAAGCCUGGAGAAGAUGCUUUCAAAGAAAUAUUUCAGUCUAACUCACCAGAAGAAUCUGAAUUUACAGUGCAAGCACCUGGGUCUCCCCUAGUUGCCUCGUCUUUACUAGCACCCAGCAGUGGCCUUUCAGUCCCGACCUUCCCACCAGGGCUUUAUUGCAAAACAAGCAUGGGGCAACAAAAGCCAACUGCAUAUGUAAGGCCCAUGGAUGGGCAGGACCAGGCAACUGACAUCUCUCCAACACUGAAGCCUUCCAUUGAAUUUGAGAACAGCUUUGGAAACCUCUCCUUUGGAUCACUGUUGGAUGGGAAACCCAGUACAACCAGUUCAAAGACUAAACUGCCAAAAUUCACAAUCCUGCAAACAAGUGAAGUAAGCCUUCCCAGUGAUGCAAGCUGUGUUGAGGAAAUCCUGCGGAGCAUGACCCAUUUGGAACCUGCUUCUCUCAUUGACAUACACAUUCCUGGAAUCUCCAACCAGAACACAUUUUCUGUCUCAGGACAGGAAUCUCAGCAUCUGACUCCAGGAUUUACCUUACAAAAGUGGAAUGACCCAACCAGCAGAGCUUCUACAAAGAUACUUGAGGAUGACCUGAAGCUGAGCAGUGAUGAAGAUGACCUUGAGCCUGUGAAGACCUUGACAACUCAAUGCACAGCCAAUGAGCUCUACCAGGCUGUUGAAAAGGCAAAACCUAAGAAUAAUCUUGUGAACUCACUCUUGGCUACACCACGGCCUCCACCUGCAGUGCAAGCAAAUGGGGGGUCUGGAAGCUCCAGUGAGUCAGAGAGUAGUUCAGAAUCGGAUUCAGACACUGAAAGCAGCACUACCGACAGUGAAUCCAAUGAGGCUCCUGGAGUGGCCACUCCAGAGCCUGAGCCACCCUCCACAAACAAAUGGCAGCUAGACAAAUGGCUAAACAAAGUCACAUCCCAGAAUAAGUCAUUUAUUUGUAGCCAAAAUGAGACACCUAUGAAGACUAUUUCUCUGCCUCCUCCAAUAAUACAACCAGUGGAAGUCCAGGUCAAAGUGAAACCAAACCCCAGCCAGGCUGUGGCUGGACCCAAAGAAAGACCUCUCCUCAGCCUCAUUAGGGAGAAGGCGCGACCAAGGCCCAAUCAAAAAACCCCAGAAACAAAGGCUUUGAAGCAUAAGUUGUCAACAUCUGUUGAUACAGUUUCUCAAAGGACAAUUGGGAAGAAACAGCCCAAAAAAGUUGAGAAAAACACCAGCUUUGAGGAAUUUACUUGGCCCAAACCAAAUAUUACCAGCAGUACUCCCAAAGAAAAAGAAAGUGUAGAGUUUCCUGAUCCACCUCGAAGCCGUAACAAAACCACUGUCCAUAAACCAGUCCCUAGGAAAGAACCAAGGCCUCAUGCCCCUUUGACCACCGAGAAGAAGAAGUUUAGGGGGCCUGGGAAGAUUGUGCCAAAGUCCCAGGAAUUCGUUGAAACAGAUUCAUCUUCAUCUGACUCCAACACAGACCAAGAAGAGACCCUGCAGAUCAAAGUACUGCCUCCUUGCAUUGCUCCUGGAAAUAACACUUCUAAAUCCAAGGAUACUUCUAAUGCUAGCCUGACCCUUAGCACCUUGACCACCAGCAGCAGCAACAGCAGCAACUUAUCCACCAGCAAUGAGGAGACAGUUUUUUCACCUCCUCCUGCCAUGCAAACUGAGCUUUUGUCCCCUCUACGGGAUCAUGAAAAUCCAAAAAGCCUAUGGGUGAAGAUUGACCUUGACUUACUUUCAAGAGUACCUGGCCAAAACAAAGUCCCAGCAACACCUGCCAAGACAGAGCACAAGGAGAUUGCCUCAAAACCGAAGCGUCAAACUGCUGCCACCUCUGUGGAAAAACUAGCCCCUAAGGGCAAGCGUAAGCAUAAGCCAGCAGAAGCUGCAGAGAAAAUCCCUGAGAAGAAGCAACGCCUGGAGGACAACACUACUAUCUCCUUGCUUCCUCCUUGCAUUUCACCAGCCCCACCCCAUAAGCCUCCCAACACUAGAGAAAACAAUUCAUCCAGGAGAGUAAACAGGAAAAAAGAAGAAAAGCUGUUUCCUCCUGCGCUUUCCCCACUGUCAGAGGACCCCCCACAUCGCAGAAAUGCCAGUGGCAAUAAUGGGCUCUUCAGUCAAGACAAAAACAUCUCAAUGGCUGGACCACUUACCUCUACCAAACCUAAGAGAAGUGAAGGCAAAUUCUGUGCUACUUUCAAAGGGAUAACCAUAAAUGAGGGAGAUACUCCAAAAAAGGCUGCCUCUGCUACCGUUACUGUCACCAAUACAGCUAUCGUCACUGCCACUGUCACAGCUACUGCCACCACCACUGCCACGGCCACUACCACAACCACCACUACUACUAUUUCUACCAUCACCUCUACAAUUACUACUGGCCUUAUGGAUAGCAGUCACCUGGAGAUGACUUCCUGGGCAGCUCUGCCCCUCCUGUCCAGCAGCAGCACCAAUGUCCGGAGACCCAAGCUCACUUUUGAUGACUCUGUUCACAAUGCUGAUUUUUACAUGCAAGAGGCUAAGAAGCUGAAACACAAAGCUGAUGCACUGUUUGAGAAAUUUGCCAAAGCUGUGAAUUAUGCUGAUGCAGCCCUCUCCUUCACUGAAUGUGGCAAUGCCAUGGAACGUGAUCCUCUGGAAGCAAAGUCUCCAUAUACCAUGUAUUCUGAGACUGUAGAGCUCCUCAGGUAUGCAAUGAGGCUGAAGAACUUUGUAAGCCCCUUAGCUUCUGAUGGGGACAAAAAGCUAGCAGUAUUAUGCUACCGAUGCUUGUCACUUCUCUAUUUGAGGAUGUUUAAACUGAAGAAGGAUCAUGCUAUGAAGUACUCCAGAUCACUAAUGGAAUAUUUUAAGCAAAAUGCUUCAAAAGUUGCUCAGAUACCAUCUCCUUGGGUAGGCAAUGAAAAGAAUACUCCAUCCCCAGUAUCUCUAAACAAUGUCUCUCCCAUCAAUGCAAUGGGGAAUUGUAACAAUGGUCCUGUCACCAUCCCCCAGAGAAUCCACCACAUGGCUGCUAGCCAUGUCAAUAUUACCAGUAAUGUGCUUCGGGGCUAUGAACACUGGGAUAUGGCUGACAAACUUACAAGAGACAAUAAAGAAUUCUUUGGCGACCUGGAUACACUGAUGGGGCCUCUGACCCAGCACAGCAGCAUGACCAAUCUUGUCCGCUACGUUCGCCAGGGACUGUGUUGGCUGCGCAUCGAUGCCCAUUUGUUGUAGUGGGUGCUCUCCCAAAUCUAGAAUCAGCACCCAUUCCCCUACCUUUACCAGUGCCUUGAUGGUCACUGGUGGAACUCCACUCAUUUGGGAAAGUUCUCUUUCAUUAUGUUUGUUUUUAUGCAUUUUUGAUAUCUGUGAAAAAUGAA